AUGGGAGAGGAAGCCUGGGCUGCAUGGUUGGUCUCCAUGGAUACACCACAACAAGAUAUUUCCUUCUUCCGUGUGGAGAGGGAACAAGUGCUGAAGAGAGCGCUUCAGGUGAGUGAAGCUUUGCCAAUUCAGUCUCAGGCUGACGUCAUGCAGAGAGAGCUGGAUAGUUGCUUGAGUUUAGAGUACACUCCUGACAGUCUGCCUCCUCUGCUGCACCAGUUCUAUACUGACAGGUCAUAUCAAUUGGCUCAGAUCAAAUAUCUGCUCAUGCUGAGAUGGAGGAGAUUCUGCCGCCACACCAGUGUCAUUGAGAAGCUUUAUCCUCAUUACAAGGAUCAGGUGUCAUAUUUGACAAGUGAGUACGAGGAUGCCGUUCAGAGAGCUCGCAGACUAUCGGCGUGCAGAGAGAAGAUCCUGACCGGCCGAGAAAACCCCUCAAACCUGCUCACUCAGGAUGAUGUGGUCAUUUACCUGCGGUGGCUGGUCUGCCAUCUGCGCUCUGCUCAGACCAUUCACAACUUCCUCAGGGUGCUGCACUACAUACCAGCAUGUGAAAGAAAAGAAAAAGAGCCACAGCAAAAGGUUUAUGAGGAAACUUCACAUAAGACUCAACAUGUUGAGGGAAUGGCUGCUGAUGUCCCCCUGCACACUGUUAACCUGGAGGAGUUUCUACCUGAGCUGCAGACAUUAAUCUCUCACUUCCACCUGUCCUACGACGCUCGAAAACUCAGGACCACUGCAGACGAGAUGGAGUUAUUCAGCAUGGUGUGGAGGGAGUUCAGAGCGAUUUUCGGACAUCAAGAGCAUAUGAAAACGUUUCCUCACUACGAUGGUGCAGAGGUCAAACAGAGCCAGUGGGGGAGGAAGAGUGCAAGCCUGGCUCUGAAGAAGGAGGCCAACUGGAUCCCCUUCAUUCAGGUGAAGCCCAAACGGGAUCCGUGGCAGCAGAAGCUCGUCACAAAGCUCAGGGAAAAGAAAUCUGUUGAUGAGCUGCUGAAGAUGCACAGCAGGUUUCUUCAGGUCCCCGAUGUGCUCCAUGUGACUGCGACUGUAAAAGAACAAGCUGCUCAUGUUGGCGACUUACAAACUGGAUCGAACUCCUCAGUCUCACACGGCAGUAAGACAAAACGACAAAACGUCUCCGAGAUCUGGACGAAUAUUUACAGCGCCGCCUCUCUCACUCAGGCAUGUGUCACCCAGUUUUCUGCUUAG